UGGAAGCUGCCCAUAAAACCGACAAGAGCUAACGGAGGGACAAAAAGAAAAGGGAAAACAAAUCAGCUGGACAUUUAAAGAACAUGGAGGAAGCCGUGACAGUUCUGCGGUCAACGACCUCGCCCUACGCGCCGAACGGUAGCGACAGCGCCCUUCUGAUCCCUUCCACUCCCAAACUGCCAGCGAAUCCACUGGCGGCACUGACUUCCUUUCUGACCCUACUGGCGCAAAACACGUUACUGGGCAUCCUCACAGCAGCGCCUUGCAAUGGAACUGCCGGACCAUGUCAGGCAGGAGUGAGCGAAAACUUAUCCAGCUCCACGCUCCUGAACCGCCAGGAACACGCCGAGUACGACAGUGACGGAGACACCAAGACGGUGGAAGAGGUGCUCGCCAUCGCCGUUCCCAUACUGUUCGGCGCCAUCGCCGUGAUCGGGUUCUUCGGCAACGCUCUCGUGGUUCUCGUCGUCCUCUGCGACCCGCAAAUGCGCUCGACCACGAACAACCUCAUCAUCAACCUCGCCAUGGCCGACCUGCUCUUCAUCGUCUUCUGCGUCCCCUUCACCGGUUGGGACUACACCCUCAACUACUGGCCGUUCGGCGACGCCUGGUGUCGGAUCGUCCAGUACCUCGUCAUCGUGUGCGCCUACGCAAGCAUCUACACGCUGGUCCUGAUGUCCCUGGACAGGUUCCUCGCCGUCGUCCAUCCCAUCACGUCCAUGUCCAUAAGGACCGAGAGGAACGCCAACCUGGCCAUACUCUUCACCUGGGUCGUCAUCCUGGCCGCCUGCGUGCCGGCGCUCUUCGCUCACGGGGUCGUGCUCAUUGAGGACUCCUACUCGGCCUGCACCUUCCGCACCGACAUGGGGUACAACAUAGUCGCCUUCCAGAUAUCCUUCUUCAUGUCUUCGUUCGUCGUGCCCCUGGCCAUCGUGUUCGUGCUGUACCUCCUGAUGCUGAAGCGGCUGUGGCUCGCCGCGGCUCCCGGAGGCCGCAUCAGCGCCGAGAGCAUGCGCUCCAAGAAGCGCGUCACCCGGCUCGUCGUGGUCGUCGUGGUGGUGUUCGCGCUGUGCUGGUGUCCGGUGCAGGUGGUGCUGGUGCUCAAGAGCGUCGACCUGUACGGCAGGACAAUGAACGCGCCGCGCAUCGUCGUGCAGAUCGCGUCGCAGAUCCUCGCCUACACCAACUCGUGCGUGAAUCCGUUCCUGUACGCGUUCCUCUCGGACAACUUCCGCAAGAGCUUCCGCAAGGUGAUCUGCUGCGGUCGCAAGGCGACCCACGUCGGCGGGUCGUCCUCUUGCAAGGGCCGGUCGCGCGCCAUCGCCGACGAAGCCGAGAGGACGAGGAAGGAGAGCUCGGCUGCGUGCGUCGCGAAACUGUCCAAGGUGUCGAACGACAUACUGUGAACGUUGUGAGGAGUGAUCCUGAUUGACAGGACCGUGAUGUAUAGGGACUCGUCGCUGGCAAAGAGUCCGGCGCGCUGUACUGCACAUUUUAACCACGCGGAAAAAGCGGACACUACAAAGAUAAUUCCCCAAGCAUAAGCGCUAGAAGGGCUUCUGGCGCCCAGUCUUGUGUGUGUGUCGUGAUCUCUACGAGGUGUUUGUUUUUCGCCGGUUGCAGAGAAUGUUCAGGGCCGUUACACGUGCAAACAAUCAUGCAGAAAAUAGAGAAGACAAUAGGACUCUCAUAACAGUUCACCGAAAGUAAUUAGUUUUCCCCAGUAGUCGCUUGGCAUGUAAGGGUUCAUCAAGGAAGCCUUUUUCCUCGUGGAUGUGU